AUACACCACUGAAACAGCCUUUACAAAGUCACAACAGGGAGAGUCAAACCCCGCUUCAACAACAUUAGGAGCUCCCUCACCUGGGGAUGAAAUCAUGACGGAAACUUCACAUGUCCUGGCAACCACUUUUACACAAGCACCUUCCACAAAAGAACCCCCUGGAAGUACGUCUCAGAUCGAACUUGCGACGGAAAUGCCCGCACAAUUUGAAAUAGCAAAUGUAAAGGCCAUAGAAACUACAAUCAAAUUGGAAGAAACUUCACAUGAGACAAAAACAACAGAGAGAACAACUGCAACUGCAGAAUCGUCGGAAAAUUCAGAGGUUAAAACACCUGAAAUGUCGACAAGUGCAUUUGAACCGGCCCGUGUUGACGCUCCUUUAAGAUCCUCAACUUCAAAAGACACGAUAACUACACCCACAACCUCUUCUUUGAUAACAACACCUAAAAUGAAAUCUGCAAUCAAAUCAGAAAUUGCACCAGCAUCUGUAUAUGCUUCAAACUCAUCUGGCAUGUUAAGAACAACUACAUUACAAACCAUAGCAACAACUAGGACAUUAGGGGGGGAAACGUUUGAGCUGUUAGCCACCUCUCCUGGAAAACCAUCUGAAAGAACAGUAGAGACGUCAACUAUAAUGCCAAUGUCCACAUCUGCUUCUUCGGCGCCAGGCAGCGUUUCUGAGACAUUGUCUGCAAUUACAUCACCAAGGAUAACUUUUGCCACUGUUGCAUUCCUACCAAUUGUAUCAGUUCCUACACCUGAUAGCCCAUUGGAAACUAAAGCUACAGCUACGACAGAACGUACAGGUGAAAGCAAUCCUAAAACCACAGCGGCGACUCCGUAUGAAACAACUGAUACAAACACACCUGAAACAUCAUCCACAACCCCAUCAACUAAACCUAAAACAUCAUCCACUUAUACAACAUUCCCAUCAACUGCACCUGAGACAUCUGUGAAAGUCACUAAAGAAUCCUUUACAACAGAUGCAACCAUGGCCACGAGCUCAUCAGAAAAACUGUCAACAGUCUACUUUCAAGCAUAUCAAACCACAACUACAACUGAUACAUCAACUAUAACUCCUACAACAAGUGACUCUUCAACUAUUCCUGUAUCUGCAACAUUGUUGACAGUUACAGCGGAAAGGAUAACUGCAUUCCCCCCAUCAACCGAACCUAAAACAGCAUCCACAGCCACAUACACAACAAUCCCACACACCGAAACUGAAACAUUAACCACAACUACAACAUCCAUAUCAACCAAACCUGAAACAUCAUCAACAGCCACAUACACAACAUCCCCAUCAACUGAACCCAAAACAUCAUACAGAACUACAACAUUCCCAUCAACCGAACCUAAAACAGCAUCGACAGCCACAUACACAACAAUCCCACACACCGAAACUGAAACAUUAACCACAACUACAACAUCCAUAUCAACCAAACCUGAAACAUCAUCCACAGCCACAUACACAACAUCCCCAUCAACCAAACCUGAAACAUCAUCCACAACUACAACAUUCCCAUCGACCGAAACGGAAUCAUCAUCCACAACUACAUCACCCCCAUCAACCGUACCUCAAACAUCAUCCACAACUACAACAUCCCUAUCAACCGAACCAGAAACAUCAUCCACAACUACAACAUUCCCAUCAACUGAAACUGAAACAUCAUCCACAACUACAACAUCCAUAUCAACUAAACCUGGAACAUCAUCCACAGCCACAUACACAACAUCCUCAUCCACCAAACCUGAAACAUCAUCCACAACUACAACAUUCCCAUCGACCGAAACAGAAACAUCCUCCAAAACUACAACAUUCCCAUCAACUAAAACUGAAACAUCCUCCAUAGCCAGAAACACAUCAUCUCCACCAACUGAACCAGAGACCUCAUCCACAACUACAACAUUCCCAUCAACCAAACCAGAAACAGCAUACACAGCUACAUACACAACAUCCCUAUCAACUGAAACAGAAACAUCAUACAUAUCCACAACAACCUUAUCAACUGAAGCUGAUACAUCAUCCACAGCUACAUACACAACAUCCCCAUCAAUCGAACCUGAAACAUCAUCUACAGCUACAACAUUCCCAUCAGCCGUAACUGCAACAUCCACAUCAACCAAACCUGAAACAUCAUCCACAGCUACAUACACAACAUCCCCAUCAAUCAAACCUGAAACAUCAUCCACAACUACAACAUCUCCAUCGACCGAAACUGAAACAUCAUCCACACCUACAACAUUCCCAUCAACCGUAACUGCAACAUCCACAUCAACCAAACCUGAAACAUCAUCCACAGCUACAUACACAACACCCCCAUCAACCAAACCUGAAACAUCAUCCACAACUACAACAUUCCCAUUCACCGAAACUAAAACAUCAUCCACUAUUGCAACAUCCAUAUCAAACAAACAUGAAACAUCACCCACCGCCACAUACACAACAUUCCCAUCAACCGAAAUUGAAACAUCAUUCACAACACCCCCAUCAACCGAACCUGAAAUAUCGUACACAACCACAUACAUGACAUCCUUAUCAACCGAAAUUGAAACAUCAUACAUAUCCACAACAUCCAUAUCAACUAAACCUGGAACAUCAUCCACAGCCACAUACACAACAUCCCCAUCCACCAAACCUGAAACAUCAUCCACAACUACAACAUUCCCAUCGACCGAAACAGAAACAUCCUCCAAAACUACAACAUUCCCAUCAACUAAAACUGAAACAUCCUCCAUAGCCAGAAACACAUCAUCUCCACCAACUGAACCAGAAACCUCAUCCACAACUACAACAUUCCCAUCAACCAAACCAGAAACAUCAUACACAAACACAUACAUUACUGACCCAUCAACUGAAACUGAAACAUCUUCCACAUCCACAACAUCCCUAUCAACGGAAGCUGAAACAUCAUCCACAACUACAACAUUCCCAUCAACUGAAACAUCAUCCACAACUACAACAUCCAUAUCAACCAAACCUGAAACAUCAUCCACAGCCACAUACACAACAUCCUCAUCAACCGAACCUGAAACAUCAUCCACAACUACAACAUCCAUAUCAACCAAACUUGGAACAUCAUCCACAGCCACAUACACAUCCCCAUCAACCGAAAAUGAAACCUCAUCCACAACUACAACAUCCAAAUCAACCCAAACUGAAACAUCAUCCACAGAUACAAUAUCCACAUCAACUAAACCUGAAACAACAUCCACAACUACAACAUUCCCAACGACCAUAACUACAACAUCAUCCACGACUACAUCCCCAUUAACCGAACCUGAAACAUCAUCCACAGUCAGGAACACAUCAUCUCCACCAACCAAACCAGAAACAUCAUACAUAACCACACACAUUACUUACCCAUCAACUGAAACCUCAUCCACAUCCACAACCACCCCAUCAACUGAAACUGAAACAUCAUCCACAUCCACAUCAUCGGAAAUUGACACAUCAUCCACAUCCAUAACAUACCCAUCAACUGAAAUUGAAACAUCAUCCACAACAACCCCAUCAACUGAAACAUCAUCCACAACAUCCCCAUUAACCGAAACUGAAACAUCAUCCACAUCCACAACAUUCCCAUCAGCUAAAACAUCAUCCACAAUUACAACAUCCACAUCAACCAAACCUGAAACAUCAUCCACAACUACAACAUCCAUAUCAACCAAACUUGGAACAUCAUCCACAGCCACAUACACAUCCCCAUCAACCGAAAAUGAAACCUCAUCCACAACUACAACAUCCAAAUCAACCCAAACUGAAACAUCAUCCACAGAUACAAUAUCCACAUCAACUAAACCUGAAACAACAUCCACAACUACAACAUUCCCAACGACCAUAACUACAACAUCAUCCAUGACUACAUCCCCAUUAACCGAACCUGAAACAUCAUCCACAGUCAGGAACACAUCAUCUCCACCAACCAAACCAGAAACAUCAUACAUAACCACACACAUUACUUACCCAUCAACUGAAACCUCAUCCACAUCCACAACCACCCCAUCAACUGAAACUGAAACAUCAUCCACAUCCACAUCAUCGGAAAUUGACACAUCAUCCACAUCCAUAACAUACCCAUCAACUGAAAUUGAAACAUCAUCCACAACAACCCCAUCAACUGAAACAUCAUCCACAACAUCCCCAUUAACCGAAACUGAAACAUCAUCCACAUCCACAACAUUCCCAUCAGCUAAAACAUCAUCCACAAUUACAACAUCCACAUCAACCAAACCUGAAACAUCAUCCACAACUACAACAUCCAUAUCAACCAAACUUGGAACAUCAUCCACAGCCACAUACACAUCCCCAUCAACCGAAAAUGAAACCUCAUCCACAACUACAACAUCCAAAUCAACCCAAACUGAAACAUCAUCCACAGAUACAAUAUCCACAUCAACUAAACCUGAAACAACAUCCACAACUACAACAUUCCCAACGACCAUAACUACAACAUCAUCCACGACUACAUCCCCAUUAACCGAACCUGAAACAUCAUCCACAGUCAGGAACACAUCAUCUCCACCAACCAAACCAGAAACAUCAUACAUAACCACACACAUUACUUACCCAUCAACUGAAACCUCAUCCACAUCCACAACCACCCCAUCAACUGAAACUGAAACAUCAUCCACAUCCACAUCAUCGGAAAUUGACACAUCAUCCACAUCCAUAACAUACCCAUCAACUGAAAUUGAAACAUCAUCCACAACAACCCCAUCAACUGAAACAUCAUCCACAACAUCCCCAUUAACCGAAACUGAAACAUCAUCCACAUCCACAACAUUCCCAUCAGCUAAAACAUCAUCCACAAUUACAACAUCCACAUCAACCAAACCUGAAACAUCAUCCACAACUACAACAUCCAUAUCAACCAAACUUGGAACAUCAUCCACAGCCACAUACACAUCCCCAUCAACCGAAAAUGAAACCUCAUCCACAACUACAACAUCCAAAUCAACCCAAACUGAAACAUCAUCCACAGAUACAAUAUCCACAUCAACUAAACCUGAAACAACAUCCACAACUACAACAUUCCCAACGACCAUAACUACAACAUCAUCCACGACUACAUCCCCAUUAACCGAACCUGAAACAUCAUCCACAGUCAGGAACACAUCAUCUCCACCAACCAAACCAGAAACAUCAUACAUAACCACACACAUUACUUACCCAUCAACUGAAACCUCAUCCACAUCCACCCCAUCAACUGAAACUGAAACAUCAUCCACAUCCACAUCAUCGGAAAUUGAUACAUCAUCCACAUCCAUAACAUACCCAUCAACUGAAAUUGAAACAUCAUCCACAUCCACAACAACCCCAUCAACUGAAACAUCAUCCACAACAUCCCCAUCAACCGAAACUGAAACAUCAUCCACAUCCACAACAUUCCCAUCAGCUGAAACAUCAUCCACAAUUACAACAUCCACAUCAACCAAACCUGAAACAUCAUCCACAGCCACAUACACAACAUCCUCAUCAACCGAACCUGAAACAUCAUCCACAGCUACAACAUCCAUAUCAACCAAACUUGAAACAUCAUCCACAGCCACAUACACAUCCCCAUCAACCGAAAAUGAAACCUCAUCCACAACUACAACAUCCAAAUCAACCCAAACUGAAACAUCAUCCACAGAUACAAUAUCCACAUCAACUAAACCUGAAACAACAUCCACAACUACAACAUUCCCAACGACCAUAACUACAACAUCAUCCACGACUACAUCCCCAUUAACCGAACCUGAAACAUCAUCCACAGUCAGGAACACAUCAUCGCCACCAACCGAACCAGAAACAUCAUACAUAACCACACACAUUACUUACCCAUCAACUGAAACCUCAUCCACAUCCACAACCACCCCAUCAACUGAAACUGAAACAUCAUCCACAUCCACAACAUCCCCAUCAUCGGAGAUUGACACAUCAUCCACAUCCAUAACAUACCCAUCAACUGAAAUUGAAACAUCAUCCACAUCCACAACAACCCCAUCAACUGAAACUGAAAUAUCAUCCACAACAUCCCCAUCAACCGAAACUGAAACAUCAUCCACAACAUUCCCAUCAGCUGAAACAUCAUCCACAAUUACAACAUCCACAUCAACCAAACCUGAAACAUCAUCCACAGCCACAACAUUUCCAUCGACCAGAACCGAAACAUCAUUCACAACGACAACAUCCCUAUUAACUGAAACUGAAACGACAUCCACAGAUACAACAUCCAUAUCAAUCAAAACUGAAACAUCCUCCACAGCCACAUACACAACAUUCCCAUCAACCGAAACUGAAACAUCAUCCAAAACUACAACAUUCCCAUCAACCAUAACUGCAACAUCAUCCACAACUACAACAUCCCCAUUAACCAAACCUGAAACAUCAUCCACAUCCACAACAACCCCAUCAACAGAACCUGAAUCAUCAUACACAACCACAUACAUGAUAUCCCCAUCAAUCGAAACGGAAACAUCAUCCACAACAACCCUAUCAACUGAAACUGAAACAUCAUCCAUAACUACAACAUCUGCAAUAUCAAAACGUGAAACAUCAGUGAACGUCAUAUCUGAAACAUUUACAAUAGAUGGAACCACAACCACUAUCUCAGUAGAAAAACGGUCAACCGCCUCCCUUCAAACAUUUAAAACCACAAUUGAGACAUCAAUAACUACACUUGAAACUCCAGUUUCUACACCAAGUGACUCUUCAGCAAACACUGUACCUGCAACACUGUCUACAGUUACAUCAGGAAGGAUAACUACGGCCCCACCAACUGAAUCACCAUUAGACACAUCCAAAGCUACAUUUGAGACAUCAAUAUCAACCAUUCCAGUAACUACAGAGAUAACCCCCACCGGAAUAUCAGCUACAACAGAAAGUCGAACAGCAACAACCUCACCUGGAAAUGUAUUGACAACUACAAUCACAUCCUCAAUAUCUGCUUCAACUACUGAGGGAAAAACAGAAAACCCAUCUUCCAUCACUCCGGAACCUCCAGCUACAAACACACGUGUUACAUCAGCAUUUACAGCCUCUUCAGAGAGGAUGAGUAUAUCAACAUCGAGUACCCUCCCAGAAAUCACAACUCAGAAUUUGACAUCGACUUUAACAUCUACCUUUUCUGCAGCAACUACUUCAAAUCACAGCAUAACUCGGAUGACAACACCAACAAAAACUACAAAAGCCACUGCAGGUUCAGUCAUAACUAAAUCUGUCAGUGUGACAGACAAAGUUGACUCAAUCAAACCUAAAUCUUCAAUGACCACACCUGUGCCAAUCCCACCUCCACCCUCAUCAACUAAUGAUAUCUUUAUGACCAUUACUUUGGUUAUCCUAUUAUUGAUUUUGGUUGCUAUAACUUUAGUUAUUUUUAUCUUUGAUCAAAAUCCUUGCAGAGAGACCUAUAAUUUAUAAUAUCUUUGACACAAAAUGUAUUUUUGACUGAAAGGACCUCACGCAGUAGACAAUUGCAACCUCAAGAAAGGGAGAGUAAGAAAUCUAUCCCGUGUUGAUGUCACCUGGAAGGAUUUAGUGCCUUUGAACGGGGUACGGUAGUAGGUGUCAGGCACAUCGGUUUGAGUGUGUCAAGAACUGCAACGCUGCUGGGUUUUUCACACUCAACAGUUUCCCGUGUGAAUCAAGAAUGGUCCACCACCCAAAGGACAUCCAACCAACUUGACAACUGUGAGAAAGAAUUGGAGUCCACAUGGGCCAGCAUCCCUGUGGAAUUCUUUUCGACACCUUGCCCUGAUGAAUUGAGGCUACUCCGAGGGCAAAAGGGAGUACAACUCAACAUUAGGAAGGCAUUCCUAAUGUUUUGUACACUGUGAAUACACUCUUAGAAAGAAGGGUUCCCAAAGGAUUCUUCGGUUGUCCCCAUAGGAAAACCCUUUUUGGUUCCAGAUAUGACCCUUUUGGGUUCAAUGUAGAACCUUCUGCACCAAAAAGGGUUCUUCAAAGAGUUCUCCUAUGGGGACAGGCGAAGAACCCUUAUAGGUUCUAGAUAAUAAUAAUAUAAUAAUAAUAUAAUAAUAAUAUAAUAUAUAUGCCAUUUAGCAGACGCUUUUAUCUAAAGCGACUUACAGUCAUGUGUGCAUACAUUCUACGUAUGGGUGGUCCCGGGGAUCGAACCCACUACCCUGGCAUUACAAGUGCCAUGCUCUACCAACUGAGCUACAGAUAGCUUCCAACUUACCGUAACUUUGUUGUUAAAGUAUUAUAAAAACAUGAGAUGCCAAACCCGCUCACAGGAUUGGUUAACUCUUGAGGUUCCUCGGGUCUCCACUGAAUUAGGUAAAUCUGCUUUUAGUUUUAAUGCACCUCAUUGUUGUAACCAACUGCAAAAUUCACUGCAAUUGGAUGCUCUGAUGCUUUUUAAUUUUUAAUUUCACCUUUAUUUAACCAGGCAGGCCAGUUGAGAACAAGUUCUCAUUUACAACUGUGCCCUGGCCAAGAUAAAGCAAAGCAGUGUGACAAAAACAACAACACAGAGUUACACAUGGGAUAAACAAACGUACAGUCAAUAACACAAUAUAAAAUCUGUAUACAGUGUGUGCAAAUGAAGUAAGGAGGUAAGGCAAUAAAUAGGCCAUAGUGGCAAAGUAAUUACAAUUUAGCAAUUAACACUGAAGUGAUAGAUGUGCAGAUGAUGUCGCUUGGGGAAUUAAAAAUAUUGAUUGGGGAACUAUUUGCUGAGGAAUGUGGCUGUUUCUCUUGAUUGUUUGUUGUGCUGUAUUUUUGUUUGUUUUUGUACUUUGAAUUGUAUAUGCAGCGCUCCCUUGCGAAAGAAACCCUGGUCUCAAUGGGGAAUCCCUGUUUAAAUAAAGGUAAAAUAAAAUAGCAAUUUAUUUUAUUUGGGCAUGGUGCCACUACGAAUAACCAA